AUGUCGGCCAAACCGAAUGCCGCCUGCACUACUUGCCGAAGCCGCAAGGUCGCUUGCGAUCGGCAAAAGCCAAACUGUGGCUUUUGCACCAGAAAUGAGUUUGAGUGUCAGUAUGCGGCGGGACGACGGCCCGGUGUUCGGGCUGGCUAUAUUGCGAAAUUAGACCGACGUUUAGUGGAACUUGAGCAGCGAGUACACAUGCUCGAGGGAAACAAUAUCUCUCAGGGAGACUCGGCGAAUAGUCAAGAGAUGUCCACCCCUAUCGCUAGCGAGCCUGAUAUAACACUAUCCGGGGGUGUCUACUCGCCAGAUGAAGAUCUUCCUGUCUCCCAUCCACCUAACAGGCCGCUUCUCGCCUCUCCAAAUACGAGCUUAGAGGCAGAGCCUAUUUCUAGAUGUUCGGCUCAGUUUGAUCCAUUGUCAUAUCCCGUCUUGUCUGAGCUUUGCUCUAUCUGGUUCAAAAAAUACCAUCCAUGGUUUCCGAUUCUGCAUCAGCCGUCAUUGACCACCUCAUUGCAACAUUUGGAAUCUCUAGAGUCUUCGAAUCAGUAUCUAGUUGUUAAAGCCAUCUGUGCAGUAACACUAGUACACCAUGAGUCACCGCUGGUUAGCAUGGAUGAGCUAAAGCAGUGGUCAGAUAACCUGCGCGAUGCUAUAUGGUGCCAAGCAUUGAAGCAGGUUUCUCUUCAGUGUCUGCAGUCUUUACUAAUUCUCUCGAAUCUUGAUUAUGGGGAGGGCCGAUUUGAGCAAUUUUGGAAUUUGAUUGCUCUAUGUAAACGUAUGUCAACUGUCGGUGUGGACUGGGAUACAGGCUCAUCACCACCAAUACCAAAUGGGAUCCUACCUUGCAGCGACUCCUUGUGGGCCUUCCCCGAGCAUAUAAUUAACGUGUGGUCAUUUGGUCAAUUCCGGUAUUCUUCGGCCUUCUCGCUUUGUAUCAUAUUUGGCACAAAUGAGCUGUGGUUCAUUCAUCACUUUCUUCAGAAAACUUGGAACCUCGGCAACACCCAGGACCGUAUCCAGUGGCAAACUGAGGCUCAAAAGAUUGAUGAACGCCUCACAGUGUGGCGUGAAGAGUUUGUUGCGGCCGUUUAUAGACUGAUUAAUGCUGAAUAUGCCGAAGAAGAGCGUGCCGAAAUGGAUCCAAACAUUGUGCUAACAAAUUGUGUGCUUGAUGCGGCCGUCAUUCUUCUCUUCCAGAGAAUGUCUACAAUUCCUAAAGAAAUUGACCCGUCUGCAGAACCGUGGCAAUACGCAACAAAUCGCUGCAUUUAUGCCUGUGACAACAUGGUUUUCAAAGUCAACCAGAUGACUGACGAAGAGCUGAGUGUCAGUAAUCCACACUUAGUGUUCUGCUUGUUCACUGUCGCACGGUACUAUAUAGUCUAUGCGAAAACAGUCAACGCUGACGUUCCGAGCGGUGUGAGGUCCAUGGCGUAUGCCCUACUUUGCUCAGACGGCUAUAGUCUUGAAAUAGCGUUAACCGGCGCCAACUCGGCUGCUCAAUCGUGGUAUGGGUGGGAUCAGGGUGUUGUCGCCGGUCUUCUUAUCAGUCCCGAUUUUCUCAAUGUCUUCCCUCAGACCAAGGUCUCGUCAGUCCAGGGAAUAACAGCAAGCUGCUUCUCGCUUGGAAAUCUAGUGGGCUGCUUACUUGCAGCAUGCUACGGUGAUCGCCUAGGCAGAAAGAAUACAUUAAGAUUGGGCGCCCUGAUCAGCGCCCUUGGCGCUGUGCUGCAAUUUUCCGCAUAUUCAUUCCCUCAACUUAUUGUGGGUCGGGUCAUAAACGGUGUAGGAAAUGGACUAACUAUCGACGACCCUCUUGUGCAAAGUGAAUACCACUCGAUCACCGGUGCCAUUCUUAUCGAGCGUGAAUCGGAGAUCUCAUUUACUCACGUUUUGGCUCGACGCGAUCGAUCCGGCCACUUGAAGCGACUUUUGCUUGGAUGUGGUGGCCAAUUUAUGCAGCAAUUCGGUGGUAUAAACGCUCUUAAUUAUUAUUUCACCAUUAUUCUCAUGAAGAAUGUCGGGAUGAAUGAAAUGAUGGCUAGGAUUCUUACUGGCUGCAAUGCUACAUCUUAUAUGAUCUCGUCGGGGCUAUGCUUUUGGUUAAUUGAAAGAUGCGGACGCCGUGUCCUCAUGCUGGGCGGACUAUCCUUCCAGUGUUUAGCAUAUGUGAUGGUUGCAAUCUCCAUCGCUCUGCUUGACCAAGCCCCAUUCCAGUGGGGAAUCGUUGCUGUCUCAUUCUUGUUCUUCUAUUACGCAGCAUUCGGUUGCACUUGGGGUAUGGUGCCAUGGGUUUAUCAGGCAGAGAUUAACUCUCUCGCCAUGAGAACUGUCGGUGCUGCAUCUGCGACUGCAACAAAUUGGCUGGCUGGGUUCAUAUGUACUCAAUUCACCCCGACCGGGAUCGAGAAUAUCGGCUAUCGAUUCUACAUCAUAUUUGCUGUGUUUAACCUUAAGAUCUUGAUGUCUACUUUGAUCGAGAUUUCUCAUCAUCCCACGAUUAUCCCGAUACAUGACAAGGUAGCCAAGCAGUCCAAGCGCCCAUUAGAGGCAAUGGAGGCAGAAGCACUACGCGUUGCAACCACCAAGGCUAUUGAUGCAAAGCUUACGACAGAGCAUAUCGAGGAUAUUGAGAGGGUUGUUUAA